CAAAGGUCAUCAUCAUCCUAUCUGCCAGCGUGCAUUCUAUCUUGCUGUUGUGUCCUUCAGAAUUAUUAUAAAGGAAGGGCCCGGUAUCACUCUGUCUCCUUCAAGCACACUUAACAAAGCAUGCUCCCAGCCACAGUUAAACUUUGUUGUGGAAUUUCCCACCAGCAUUUCCGAAACGUGACAGGUUUGAAGAAAGCAGCUAUGGCAAGUAUUGGGCAAGAAAUAACUCAAUUAAGACAAAGGGAACAACACCUGGUAUCCAGCAUGUGGAGCCACAUUAAACACAAUGGACAUAAUACCUGGCUAAAAAAUGAUAUGGCAGAACCAAAAGGCAGUUCAAAGGCUCUUAAAGACAAAGAAUUAUACUACGUUACCCAAGGAAAAAAAGCUCUACAAAGGGCGCUGGAGAUUUUGGAUCAGCAGGGUGGAUGGCAGUAUGAAAUCACACAUACAAAUGGUGAUACGGUUUCAAGCAAGGUAAUUCCUGAAGUGGGGAAGGUCUUUAAACUAGAGGCUGUUCUGGAUGCAACACCUAAGCAGCUUUACUCUGAAUUGUUUGAAAAGCUGGAAGAAAUAAGCACUUGGAAUCCAAAUGUCAGCAGAAUUCAAAUUGUUAAGAAGAUUGAUCAGAAUACAAUGGUGACACAUGAAGUUACAAGCCUGACACCAGGGAACCUGAUUGGCCAAAGAGAUUUUGUGAGCAUUAGACACUGCUGGAGACAAGACAGUGUGUUUUGCUUGGCUGGUGCUGCUAUUCAGAUAGAGUCCUUGCCACCACAGAAUGGAUUUGUAAGGGCUGAAGAUGGGCCUUCAUGCAUUAUUGUUAAGCCCCUAGGAAGUGACAAAAGCCAUUUCACAUGGCUUCUCAACAUGGACCUUAAGGGCUGGCUGCCAAAGUCUCUUGUAAAUCAAGCUUUACCUCAAGCUCAGGCAGAUUUUGUAAAACAUUUACGGAAAAAGCUAUCAAUGAGAAUAACAUCUGGGCAACGCUGAAGGAAAAAAGGAUCCCAUUAAUUUUGCUACCUUCUAUUUCUUACGAAGUGACAAAGUAUAUAGAGCUGUCAACUGCAACACACCUGGGUUUGCAUUUUACAUUUUUGUUCUCUGCACUUUGGGUACUCAGAGAAGUGAUAAUCAACUGAAAGGUGCCAAAGAGAUUCUAACACCUGAAGCAGAGACAGAGAAUAAAAGUGAUUUUUUAAAACUUGCAAUACAUGUAAAUAACCAGGAAAUUAAGAUUGUUCUAAUGUAAAAAUGUCAAAUUAAAAACUAUUACCAAUUUUCUACAAAUUAAUAGACAUACUGUAUCAAUAGCACAUCAGAAAAAUAUAAAUGUGGUCUAAUAUAUUUAUGGAAAUGAGUGAUAGACUUGGUCAUAUUUAAUUAAAUAUGACAACAAAAAUUUGUUUUCCUUAAAAAAAAUGAAACCUACUGACUUUCUUAAGUUUUUUUUGACAUCAGGCCAUUCUUUUAAAAAAGGAAAAUUACCUAUUGCCUGAUAAUAUACCAUCAAUGUAACUUCACAAUGCAGAAGGGUUUUGGUUCAGUUAGAGAAAUUGUAAGUUAAACACUUUUUGGUUAGUACUGCCAUGUAGACCCAAGUCUACUUUAUACUGAACACCUAUUGCAAAUUUUGAGAAUUUCAAUAUACAAUGUGCACUCCUUUUAACAAAAACCUUGGACAUGUUCAAACUUGUUAUACUGUAGGCUUGCUCAAGUUUUUGUUUUAAACAUUACUAUAUACAUUAUAAAUAUAUGUAAAUAAAAGUAACAAAUGCAUAAUAAAUAAUUCCUGUAACUGUAAACUUUAAUAUAUCAAAAAGAAUUCCUGCCAGAUAUUACUUUUUACUCAAGUUUUUGUUUUAAACAUUACUAUAUACAUUAUAAAUAUAUGUAAAUAAAAGUUACAAAUGCAUAAUAAAUAAUUCCUGUAACUGUAAACUUUAAUAUAUCAAAAAGAA